CUCGCUGUUCGCGUUGCUGUUGCCGUCGUUGCUGCCGUCGCUCUCAGCUCAGUUCGGCAUGAGAAAUUCAGUCUGUUGGCGCAACUGAAACGCGAAGGUUGUCGGUGUGUCGAGUGAGUCGAGUCGUCUCUCGGUUUGCCGCUGGCGAGUUCUCAGUAAAAGCGAAAUAUAAUAAAAAAAAAAGAAUAACAAACACAAAAUCUAAAUACGAGUACCUUUUGCCCAAAUAACGCGUUCUUUGGCCAGCGAAGUCUAGGCAACAACAACAUCAACAACAACAACAACAUCACCCAGAAGUAUUAUAGACGCCAAAGCAAAGCAAACCAAAACCCAACCGAGAAACUGAAGCCACAGGCAAAUGCAAAUUCACAAGAAUUAAAAAAGAGAGAAAGAGACGAGCACCAGGAAUAGGAAUAGGAAAAGAGCAUAGAGUAGCUGUUGCUACGUUGUCCAGAUACAAUACCUAGAUAAGUUCUCCAACACAUUUCCGCACUCGGCACAGUGGGACGAAACUGGCACUCAUCUUGCAGUCAGAGACAGACACAAGAUGCCAAGCAUUUAGCCAUAACAUAUACGUACAUAAGAAAAUAAACAAAGUACCGCUUAGAAAGAGAUCAUGUCCACAGCAAUUCCUAUUCCAAUUUCAAUUCUGAUUCCAUAAGCAAAAACAAAAAAUAAAGUGCUGCACGGCAACAAUAUUUUGAGAGUGUUGCAACGUAUUUGUGGCACAUUGUGCAAUCGCAAAAUACAUUCUAAUAAAUAGGCAGACAGUCAGAACUUGCCACAAAAAUAAAUAAGAAGCGGCAACAACCAGCUGAGGUGUUUGUCUAAAUCGCCCAGACUCGACUUCCACAUCCAGUUGAGGAAAAUCCACCUCAACACUCUCUCUCCACUCUCUUCUCUUCGGCACGUGUGAUCGUAGGUCGUGGCCAAGGUGUUCAAAGGCAACAACAACUGCAAUCGCAGCCGCAACGAGGUGUACACAUUCGGCACUAUGGAGGGCGGUUACGUAAACGAAGGCGGUCAACUGAAGACGAAGAAUGGCCAGAAGUAUAUUUUCAACAAUGGUCCACCUUCGGGUGUUUAUGUCUCUAGAGCCUGCCUGAUUAUAUCGGCUUUCAUAAUGGUGGCAGCUCUGAUAUCCUCGGUGCUUAUCACAUACUUCCUGACCUCACAGGGCUUACCAAUUACGGAGCCCCCACCCAGUGCCCAAGCACAAUCCAAGGAUCAUCCAGAACAUCAAACUGAUUCACGCGCAAAUGCAACGCCCUUGGUAAGUGCCAAAUUCGAUAUACCCGAUUGGCUCAAGACAAAGAAGGAAGCGACCACAUCCUCGCCAGAGUUGCCACCUGUGAUUGUCCAGAAUGAGGACAAAUUGACAGCUCCACCGGUUGGGGAUAUACCCGUAAUUGAGGAGACACUGGACACGAGCAUUAAGUCCACUGACCGUCUGCUCCAACUAUACGAGGGUUGGCGUCCUCUGCACUACAGGAUUGUCAUUGAGCCAAAUGUCGAAUCAUCAGCCAGCAAUGGCAGCCUGGUCAUUGAAAUAGCACGUGACCCCAAGGUGACUAGCUGGGAGCCCAUUGUGCUGGAUGUCUACAACGUGAGCAUCUCCAAUGUGCGUGUCAUCCGAUCUCCAGCGGAGUCCAAUGCCACCGAGGAAGUCGAGCUGGACUUUGACAGUGAUUAUGGUGAUAAUAAUGCCACAUUUGUCAUCAAACUGGCCAAGGAGUUGUCAACCGAAUCCAAUCUGCGUUUGAUGCUGAGUCUGGACUUUGUGAGCCAGGUGACGGAUACUCUACAGGGUAUCUACAAGACGAGUUAUGUAAAUCCCGGUAACAAGCAGUUGCAAUGGGUUAUCAGCACUCAGUUCUCUCCGAUUGAUGCUCGUCGUGCUUUUCCCUGCUUCGAUCGUCCAGAUAUGAAGGCCAACUUUACCUUGAGCAUUAUUCGUGACAUUAAAACAUCGAUGGCAUUGUCCAAUAUGCCCAUCUCCCACAGCAGUUCCCAUCGACCUGGUUACAUUCGCGAUGACUUUAUGACCACGCCCAAGAUGCCAACCUAUCUGUUGGCCUUCAUUGUCUCCAACAUGGUCGACUCGCGCUUUGCGCUUCUGGAUGGCGACAUUGUGCCGCGCGUGGAGAUCUGGACACGUCCGACAUUUGUGGACAUGACGCACUAUGCAUACAAAAUGGUCCGUCAGUUCCUGCCUUAUUAUGAGGAAUACUUUGGCAUCAAGAAUAAGCUGCCCAAGAUUGAUCUCGUCUCAGUGCCUGAUUUUGGCUUUGGUGCCAUGGAGAAUUGGGGCUUGAUUACCUUCCGUGACUCGGCGCUGUUGGUGCCGGAGGAUCAGGAGCUGGCCUCUUCGUCGGAGCAUAUGCAGUAUGUGGCACAGAUAAUAGCGCAUGAGUUGGCCCACAAUUGGUUUGGCAAUCUGGUGACGCCCAAGUGGUGGGAUGAUCUCUGGCUGAAGGAGGGAUUCGCCUGUUACAUGAGCUACAAGGCGCUGAACCAAGUGCAUCCCGAGUUCCAGAUCAUGGACACCUUCACAGUGCUAGAAUUCAAAGAGUCCAUGCAACACGAUGCGGCAAACACUUCUCAUGCCAUCUCCUUCGAUGUGAAGACCUCAAACGAUGUGCGUCGUAUCUUUGAUCCCAUUAGCUACUCCAAGGGCACCAUUCUCCUGCGCAUGCUCAACUCCAUUGUUGGGGAUGAGGCGUUCCGUUCGGCGACUCAGGAUCUGCUCCAGUCCUUCUCCUAUGAGAACAUGAAUCGCAAUGAUCUCUGGGCCUUCCUCACUCGCCAUGGUCAUGAAAAGGGCACACUGUCCAAGGAUCUCAAUGUCAAGCAGAUAAUGGACUCGUGGAUUGCGCAACCUGGCUAUCCGGUGGUGCAUGUGGAGCGUGCAGGUGCGGAUUUGGUGCUGAGGCAGGAACGAUAUCUUCUGCCUGCUCGGAAUCCCUUGGAUCACAGCCGCUGGUUCAUUCCCAUCACCUAUGAGACGGAUGAGUUGCACAAGGGCGACAAUAUACCCACGCAUUGGAUGACCCAGGAUCUGGAUCAGCUUGUGAUCAAGGAUGUGUUCACCAAGAAGAUCAACAACGAUAAUGUGGUCUACUUAAAUUUGAACAGAGAAAGCUACUAUCGUGUGAAUUAUGACAUGGCUUCAUGGUUGGCCCUGAAGAAGAAAUUUAGCACCUUGCCCAGAAUCACACGUGCCCAGCUGCUGGAUGAUGCACUGCAUCUGUCACAGGCCGAGUAUUUGCCCUACGAUAUACCUUUGACCUUCCUUAUGGAGUUGUUCACCUCAGUUGAUGAUGAGUUGCUGUGGAGUGCCGCCAAGCCGGGUCUCAACUAUCUGAUCUACAAUCUGAAACGCGAGCCAGCCUAUGAGACUUUCAGGGCCUUCAUGAAGUUCAUUGUGCGUCCCGCCUUUGAUCAUUAUGGCCUAAAUGAGCCCGACAACGAGUCGCAUUUGCAGCUCAAACAUCGCGCUUUGGUAGCCAACUUUGCGUGCAAAUUCAACUACGAUCGCUGCACUCAAGUGGCCCAAAUGAAAUUCCGCGAAUGGAUGCGUGAUGCCAAAAAGAAUCCCAUUAAGCCGAAUUUGAAAUCUGUCAUUUAUUGCACGGCAUUAGCGGAGGGUUCCUAUCAGGAAUGGUACUUUGCCUAUAAGCAAUACAAACGCACAAACAGCGCCUCGGAAAAGGAGGAGAUUCUCACUUCUCUCGGCUGCACCACAAAGCCCUGGCUCUUGUCAAAGUACCUCAAUUUGACAAUCAACUCCACGUCGGGCAUCUUGAAACAGGAUGGCGCCUUGGCUUUCCGCGCUGUGGCCUCCAAUGCCAUUGGCUAUGAGAUGGCCUUUGAUUUCCUGCAGUCCAACAUCAAGGAAAUAGCUGAUUACUAUGGCGAUGGCUUCUCAACGAUAUCGGAAAUGAUCAAGUCCCUGACCAUCUAUAUGAACAAGGACUAUCAUAAGCAGCAGUUGCAGGCUUUGGCUGCCAAUUGCCGUAAACUUGGUCUAAAGGCCGUCGAAAUGGCCAUUGGCAUGGCAAUGGAGCAGGUCAAUGAUAACAUUUACUGGCGCACUCACUCCUAUGAUAGCCUGAAGGGAUUCCUCGAGGGCAUUGUCAGCGAGUUUCAGAUCAACAUCUUUUAAGCAUCAUUUAUCAAGUUAUGAAGCCUUUCAACCAAAAAUGCGACUUUAUUAUUAUUCAACAGCCUCAAUAUAAUUUUAAAAACGAAUUAUUUGCGAAAAGUGAUAUAAACGUGUAAGUUAGCCAACUUAGUUAAGGUACAGCAACGGAAACAGAAAAGAUAUAAAAGCAUACUUAUUACUUUAUUUUUUGCAAGUGUAUUGUAUAUUUAUUUAUUUAUAAGUCAGGCUUCGUUUGCUUCAUGUAUUGUAAUUUAUUUUAAUUUGUCGUUACGUUCCUAUGUUUGAAAUAUUGCGAUCACAACAAAUGCUAAAGCUAAUAGUAUGAUCAUUUAACUAUAGGUCUUCAUUUAAAAUAAUAAUAAUUUUUUCAUUAUCCCCUCAAUCCCUUGCCAAAAGAAAAAAACAUUGUUUUUAGCACACUUUCGAAUGCUGCUUGGGUAAAAUCUAAACACUUAUAAACUAAUUAUCAGAUACUAUAUUCAUGUUAUGAGAAAAGAUCACUAGGAACUUAACUACUAAGCCAUUUAGCACUAAGAAAACCAAAAACCAAUAUAUUUUAAACUGGUAUUAAUCCAAAUGAAGCCAAGAGCACAGAGAUCUAAAUAAAUGUGGAUUGCAGCCUCACGUAGGGGGAAAAUGAGUGUCCUUAACGCAUGGUCUAAAACAAAGAAUAUAUGCAAAAACCUAUAUACCUAUAUAAAUUAUAAAUAAACAAGUUAUUUUGUAAUGCCUAACACUAAAGUUAAAUAUUCGCUUAGUGCACAACCAUGUAAAUAAGUUUUAAGGCAACUUAAUCUACAACACAAAUAAACGAUGUAAUUGCAUACAUUUUAA